GUAGAAGUAGAAGUAGAAGUAUGUAGUAAGCGUUAGUUAAGUAUUAAGCACAGUAGACGGUAGACGGUAGACCAGGCGGGUUUAGAGGGGGUACAGUAUAAUAGCAUUGCCCCGGGUAGCGUAUGUUAUUGCCCCUGGUCGUGCUGGUCGUGGCGGGCCACCGUCCACUCCGAAUUUUGGAGCUCUGGAAUCUCGCAUAACCCUCCCUUCGCCCUACCGCGUAGGACAAACACCAUCAUCAUAAAAGCGCGACGUGAUCCCCUUGCCGUUGGAUCCAGCGUAAAACAAUUUUACUGUACAAUUAAUUCAAUACUGUGUCGCGCAGUGCUGAGCGCAGCGAGGUCCAGGCAAAAGGGGUGUUACAACCCCCCUCCCCUAAAAAUCAGUCGAGAGAGAAAAGAAAAAAACGCGAGAGAAGGAGGCAAAAAAAAAAAAAAUGGCUUCCAACCACAAAUCCAUCCGUUCGCGGUUCUCCAGUCCGUUACAUUCGAGCUCGCCUUCCGGUUAUAAUGGUCAAAGGAGUUUUAUGCAAAGGUGGCUCGAACCGCCAGUGCAGAACAAAGCCAGCUUCCAGGAGGCAGGACUGAUUCGAGGCGGAGUGGUGGAAAAUAUGGCUCCUCUAGGUACAUUACCAAAGGCAGCUAUGCAUAAGAAAUCCCCAGUAAAUGGAGAGGCAUUGCCAACUCCUCCGGUGAAGACGCGGAUUGUUUUAAAGAAACCAUACGUUACUCCGACGGUUAGGGAGAGGAUACCGAGCAGAAGAGAAGAAUCGGCCGAAGAGGCGGGUGCUGAGGUGGAUAUGGUGGACGCAGUAGACGCGGUGGAUGCAGUGGAUGCGGCACCAUUAUCGCCAUUAUCCCAGCCUCUCCUUCCAAUUUCAAUUAUGGACGAUGGAGAAGAUGAAGAGUAUGUGCCUAAAAAAUCAAAGGUGCGACCAACUUCCAACCCGGUCAACCCGGUCAACCAAGUCGACCAAGUCGACCAAGUCACCCCGAGCAACGCGGCAAGAAGACAUUCUUCUAGGCGACGAAGUGCACGACCCAGUCCUACACCAGUUGAUUCUUCACCUGUUCACAUUCACCGCGCAACCAUAACAACAGCAAAUACAGCAAAUACAGCAAAUACAACAAAUACAACAAAUACACCCGCAAUCUCUUCUCCUCAUUUUCAUCCCCCUCCUUCUAUUCUAAACCAUCGUGAACCCGACAAAGAAUUUGCAGAUAAAGUUGUCGAGGCUGCAGUAGACGAGGCUCUUAGGCAUUAUCGCUACCCCACAGCCUGGGCACUUCGUCUACUCUACGAUGAAAAUUCAUCUGACCCUCAUUUUGUGUCUAUGAUUGAAGAUAUCUAUCACCAACGAGCAGACAUAGAUACGAUCAAAGAGUUCAACAGGCUUGUAUCCGACAAGAAAAAGGACGGCAAAAAGGAUAACAAAGGCUGCUACUAUUUUGUGCCUCCGUCGACGGGUAGCCGCUUUACGCCUCACAAGCCGAAGCCUGCACCUUAUGCAGAGCUGGUCAAAAUGGAUCUAAGCAUUCUUCCUGAAGACACGGCUGAUGAGCAUGUCAGUAAGAAAGUCAAGCUUGAUCUUGAUGAGAAUGAAGAGAAUGAAGAGAAUGAAGAUUUUGAUUUUGAUUUUGAUCAAAAUGAAGAUGGCAUGGCAAAGGAACGCAGCAACCUUUCCAUUCAACUCAAAGCCAAAGCCAAUGGCAAUGGAAAUGGCAAUGGCAAUGGAAUCAGCCGUCCUAAAGGUCUCACAAGCACCAAGUCACCACAAAAAUCACCACGAAAGUCUCCACGAAAGUCUCCAAAGUCGCGAAAACCGCGAUCAGGAUCUGUCAGCAGCUCGUCAUCUCUAUCUUCAGUUCCUGACGAUGUACCCGAUGACUAUGAAGAGUACAUGGAUCAGGUGGAUGACAACCUGGGUGUCGCGCGUCCCAUAGCUGCCGAGCCAAAUAAUGCGCAAAUCCCGGCAGGCUCAAGCCAGCCAAUCAGCAGCCACCAGAAGAAACCCGCCGCGAAAAAGAAGAAUGGUGCAUCACCCAAGCAUCCGCCCUCACAAAACACUACCCGUUCACACCCUCCCUCUCGUGAUUCGAGUAUGCCCGCUGUUGUUACUGCUAACGGCUCCCCCCAUCCGCCCCAUCCGCCCCAUCACCAUCAGAACAAGCAGCAAGCAUCUACCAGCUUGAAGUUUACAAGCAGAUUUGGAGAAGUAGAUGAUUCUGAUCUGCUUGUUCGCAAAAAGUUGAACAAGAAGUUGGAGAAUACCAGUACCACCAAGGACAUCUGCGAAGAUAGCUUCAUCCGCCAGCCCCUUGACUUUGACGAUUCACCCUUCGAGCUGGCUAUUCCGCCUCCGCCGCCGCCUCCUCAUGCAGCGGAGCAGAGCCGCCUAUCGCGGACGCCAGCUUUGAGCUCGCGAGCUGCCAGGGCGGCUAAGAGACAUCAUGACGACCUUGAUGAUUCCAUCUCACCUACUGCGCUGUCAUUCAGAGCUGCCGAUCUGGAGCCGCCGUCCUCGGCCCGCGGUUCGCGUGCUGCGACGCCUUCCAACCCUCGCUCCAACAAGAAGCCCCGAGCAGGACUGCGCGUGAAGAAUUCACCGAUGAAAAAGAAGGGCACUUCUGCGGGAAUUCCUCGUAGUAAUGGUGAUCGGCCGAGCCCUGUGGGCAACGGACCACCGAACAACCAGGACGAAAAUGACGACUCCUGCUAUACCUGUGGGGGUAAUGGCGAACUGGUCUGCUGUGAUGGAUGCAAUUAUUCCUUCCAUUUCCUAUGCAUAGAUCCUCCGAUGGACGAAGGCCGCAUGCCUGAUGAAUGGUAUUGCAACGAAUGCAAGCAUCGCCAAUGCCCACCUUUCAGCGAGCACGAUGGACCCUUGCGUUCCCUAUUCACUGUCCUGGACAGGAAGAACCCCAGAGCGUUUCGUCUUCCCGAAGACAUCAGAGAUCUUUUUGAGGGUGUCCGGACGGGGCCCGAGGGCGAGUAUGAAGAGAUUGCCCCUCCUAAGCCCAAGACGAACAAGAAAGGUGUCGAUGAGCCCUUUGACUUCUUCAAGGUCAGAAACGCGGAUGGCGCAGUGCUUUGUCACCAUUGCCAGAAGGGAGUAUCGGAUAACCGUCCCAUUAUUCCCUGCUCGGUAUGCGGGCUCAAUUGGCAUCUUGAAUGCUUAGAUCCGCCUCUGGCCGUCCCGCCCGUCCCUCGGACCUGGCGCUGCCCGUGCCACGUUGACGACAUGCUUAGCGAGCUGCCUGAAAGACUGGCACCGGCACAUCGCCACCGCAAGAUCAAGAACGCACCGGUCAUCGAGCAGAGCUACGGUAGAGGGAUGGCCAACGACGGUUGGAUAGAGAUUGAGAACGACGAUAGCGAAGACGAUGCAGACGCCUGGCGACGGCACAAGGGCUUUGGCCAGGUCCACCGACUGUCCGCAAAGGGCAUCAAACUGGAUUUCAUCUCCCGUAUACGCCAGAACCGCCAACAAAGCUCUACCCGGGUUGGUACGUCUAGCCCUGCUCCUGCGGUUCAAUCCAAUGCACGGACUCUUCAGGAGCAGCAAGCGGCAUUGAACCUUGCUCAGCUGGCUGGCGGUCCUAACGAUGGUCUCAGUAUAUUACACGAAGCCAUGAUAUCCCAAGCUAGUCCUAGUGUUCUUUCCCUCAUGGCAGCCGGGGAUGCUACACGCAUUGCCGCCGGUAGUCUGUCCUCGGUUGACACUGCUAGUCUUGAGGCUAUGCUUCUUCAAGCGGAUUCCAUGAGAGAGGCUAUCCGCCAGACUCUGCAGGGCAGAAAUCAGCAUAGCUCGGAAAGCGCUGCGAAUGAAGCAUCACACGAAGAUACGAAGCUUGAGAUACCCCUUUCAAACGAGAGCCCUGAAGACGACAAGACUGUUGUUGCAGAUGAUAAGAACUGCACUCCGAGUAAAGACGCCGCUCGUGACUCUGACGAUCAUGAUCGCAAGCCCACUGCCGAUGAUUCUACAAUGCAGAUCGACUAAAAACAUCAUCCCUCCGUACGCCGCGCACGCUGUUGCUUUUGCAAUGUUUUACGUUUUCUUUGAAAUGGUUACGGCAGAAUCUUGUCUGCCCCAGACCAUGGAAUUAUAUGAAUUUCGAUACCUGCGAACCGAGCAUGAAAGAUAUCGAAGCUUCGUAUUCGUGGUAU